ACUUUGCAUUUUAAAAGAAACAUCAGGGAAGAAGAAAAUACACAACCACUGUUGUAAAUAACUCUGAAAUUGAGACAUAAUGAAGUGGCUCCUGGUCAGUUCUCUUCUUGUCUUCGGGUUGCUUGCUUCUAUAAAUGCCCAGUGUCCACCGAACGAGCAUUUCGAGCAAUGUGGAACAGCCUGCCCAAGAAAUUGUCAAAACAUCAGGAGACCCCCAGGACCGUGUAUUACGGCGUGCCGAAGGGGUUGCUUCUGCAACAACAAUCUCGUCAGAGAAUUUAGUGGUAGAGGCGCUCGAUGCAUACCACCGAAUCGUUGUCCACGAUAAAUUACUGAAGCAACGUUAAUCGCCGUUUUUUCACUAAAAGAACUGAUAAAAGUUUAAUAAAAUUAUUGAGCCUUUUAAAACAAGAUGCAUGUUUUCCAUUGUGCAAUAAUUGAU